UACUAUAAUACUAUGAAAGUAUUUUGCUUAAAGAGGGGAAGCUCACCUUUUAAAUCGAGGAGUUUUGUUAUUACAAUUACUGGUUUAAUUAUCACUGUAUUUAUCUAUUUGUUAUCCAUGACAGUGCUAACAAAAGAUAUAAAAAAUACUCAAAAUCUUCAGAAAGUAACCAAAAAUAAUAAAAUUCAUAUAGUUUCACUGAUUGAAGGUGAUAAAGACUUCAAUUAUAUAAAUGUACUGAUCAAAUCUAUACUGUAUCACCAAAAACGUUUUCAUUGUCAAAAUAACAAAUGUUGUCUAGGUGACUUGUGCAAACGAAGCAAGACUGGAAACUUUCCAUGUUCAUAUAAGAAAAUACUGAAGACCGAUUGUUCGAUAACUUUCCAUUUUAUUACUGAUAAACCCACACGACUGAAAUUUCAAAAAAUGGAACAAAGUUGGCAAUUGAUAAAUGUGAAAUUCCAAUUUUACGAAUACCAACAUUAUUUGGAUAAAAUUGACGGGGUUCUAUCAAAACGUUCUUCAGGUAUUAAAUCUUGUUUAAAAUUAUUAUUACCCGAAAUUCUUCCGAAAAGUGUCAAACAGGUCAUCGUUCUUGAUACAUGUUUGCUGUUAAAUACAGACAUCAAUGAAUUGUGGGAUCAUUUCAGAUAUUUUAAAUCUUCUCAUAUUUUAGGAGUGACAAUGGAACAAAAUCCCGAGUUUGAGGUUGUCAUGAAGAGUCUAAUUAGAGGCUGGAGAGGUUAUGGAUAUAAUAGCGGAGUUGUUUUAAUGGACUUAGCUAAAUUACGUUCAGCAGCAUGGAACCAUUUAUGGAUGAGUGCUAUUAAAUUUGUUAUGAAGGCAACGCGUUAUUUGUCAGCUGGGGAACAAGGUGUUAUAAAUUUAAUCAUGUUUAGAAACAAUGAGACAUUUUACAAAAUACCAUGUGAAUGGAACAUACAACUCAGUUCAGGUGUUGAUGUACACAGAUGUCCAGUUAGUUGGUUGGCUGAAAAGUCUCUGUUAAACAACAGGGAUUUAAUGCAUGGGAAACAACCUAAAAUUGUGUACUUAAACCAUCAAGUAAAACCGGAAUAUCUGGACUUGGAAAAUAUAUUAAAUGUUGAUACCAAUGUAACACUUACGAAUUAUAAUGCUAACUUACUCUACAUGGUGUAUCUUAAAGAAUAUUUUAAAUAUCGACAUAUCAGUCAAAAAUGUUUCUAUUAAACCCGGAAAAAUGCACUACAUUUACUGGAAGGCAUUUUCUGUUGUUACAGUUAUAUUUGUAUAACCUUUAUAUGAAGCUGAUAUGUACACAUAUAUCCAAGUUGAAAAAAAUUUCAUUAUCAAAUAAAUGAAUCAUUGUAAAUCCAA